AUGCCACGUGAACGGAGUCCCGGGCAAAAGCUAGUAAACUAUAUAAUGACCUCACAACACAUCACAUCAUCACAUAUCACACAUAGAAGUUUGUGUGUUAAUUACCACGCUUGCUCAAGGCGGAUUGGCGUAACUUCGGCCAAGCAGUACCUAGGGAUCCGGAAUCCAUUGAAAAGUCGGCAUCAUUCCACCAAGAGGGUGGUCGUUAUCAAGAUCGCACUGGUCUGGCUUCUCAGUAUGUUCGUGUCUAGUUCUAUUACUGUUUUAGGUCUUAUAAACCGAACCAACAUAAUGCCGACACCAGACCUCUGCGUGAUCAACAAUCGUCUGUUCUGGAUCUUUGGGUCAUUGGUCGCUUUCUACAUUCCUAUGCUUACUAUGGUCGUGUCAUUUGCGCUGACUGUACAACUGCUGAAGAGACAAGCUCGACUUGCCGCCACGCCUGUACCUGGAGGAACUCAGAGAAGACAAUGUGGUGGCUACGACAAUGGUCCUAGUCAAGGCAUGCGGAGAGUCGGAGUAAGGAGCUCACCAGACCUGUCUCCUAACAGAACAGUGACCAGGCAGCUCACGUGGAGGAUAACAAGUGCUACCAGGUCACAACGCAACAAAGUGGGUAUGAGCGUCUCCCACCCUCAGUUAUCCUAUAUGAAUGGCUGUGGAGGUACAGGAUCCUCAGGUCCAAGAAGAGGUCGGGAUGUGGCCACUCAGACUCCACCUAGCAUAGCUGCUGAAACGAGGAGAGCAAGGCUAAGACCCCUGAAACUCACCCUAGCAGCUCCUAACGCACUAACUCUAAGAUUCCUAGCAAACCGCAAGAAAGGCAGAUCGCUGUCAGCAAACGCAGUCGCGAAUGAGCAGAAAGCGACCAAAGUCUUAGGCCUCGUUUUCUUCACGUUCGUUCUCUGUUGGGCGCCAUUCUUCUUACUCAAUAUACUGUUCGCUGCGUGCCCAGGGUGUAUAGUUCCAGAGCACGUGGUGGACAUCUGCCUGUGGUUGGGUUACGUGUCUUCCACCAUCAACCCCAUCAUUUACACCGUGUUCAACAGAACCUUCAGAGCUGCCUUCCUCAGGUUGCUGAGGUGUCAUUGUACCAGACGCGGUCGCUGUACUCGCUACCGUUCAACCGGCUCAACGCGGGGUGCAUCCCAGCUCUGUGCCAGAUCAGCACUACCUCUAGCCAUAUCAUUACGACCAUCAGCCCUACCAUCUUCGUCACCAGCACAACCAGACACCACCGAAACAGUAUUAAUAGAACAACCUAUAGGAGAUUUUAAUAUUAGGUAUUAG